AUGUCGGAAAAGGAAGAACUCCCGUCGACAUCUAAGUCCACCGGAGCUCCGUCGCGACCCACUUUAUCUCUACCUCCACGCCCCUUUGGUGAGAUGUUCUUUAACGCCGGCGUUGGAUUCAGUCCUGGUCCCAUGACUCUUGUCUCAAACAUGUUCCCCGAGUCCGAUGAGUUUAGGUCUUUCUCUCAGCUCCUCGCCGGAGCCAUGGCUUCUCCAGCAGCUGCAUCCGCCGCGAGGGCGGCUAGUGAAGAUGGAAAUAAUAGCUCGAGCGGUGGUGAUGUUGACCCGAGAUUCAAGCAGAGCAGACCCACCGGUUUGAUGAUUUCUCAGUCACCGUCGACGAUGUUCACAGUACCACCUGGGCUAAGUCCGGCGAUGCGGCUGGAUUCACCGAGCUUCUUGGGUCUUUUCUCUCCCAUUCAGGGAUCAUAUGGAAUGACACAUCAGCAAGCUCUAGCACAAGUAACAGCGCAAGCAGUUCAAGCCAAUGCCAAUAUGCAACAACAAACCGAGUACCCUCCUUCCUCUCAGGCUCAACCAUUUUCAUCAGCUCCGGAGUCUUCUUCACUACCAGCUCCAAGAGAAACCUCAAGUACCACCAUCUUUGAGCAGAGGUCACAGCAGUCUCUAAACGUUGACAAGCCAGCUGAUGAUGGCUAUAACUGGCGAAAAUACGGACAAAAGCAAGUUAAAGGCAGUGAGUUUCCUAGAAGCUAUUACAAGUGCACCAAUCCUGGAUGUCCUGUCAAGAAGAAGGUUGAGAGAUCUCUUGAUGGACAAGUAACUGAAAUCAUCUACAAGGGUCAGCACAAUCAUGAACCUCCUCAGAACACUAAGCGAGGCAACAACAACAACAACAAAGAAAGUAAUCUAAAUGGGAUUUCGGUUAAUAACAACAAUAGCUUCAACAAGAGUAAGAGGGAACAACAUGAAGCAGCGAGUCAAGCUACUACAGAACAAAUGUCUGAGGCUAGUGACAGCGAAGAAGUCGGUAAUGAGAGAGCUGAUGACGAGCCUGAACCCAAGAGAAGAAGUAUAGAACCAGCUGCUGCUGUGUCUGCAUCACAUAGAACUGUGACAGAGCCUAAAAUUAUUGUCCAAACGACAAGUGAAGUUGAUCUCUUGGAUGAUGGAUACAGGUGGCGCAAAUAUGGACAGAAAGUGGUGAAAGGGAAUCCUUAUCCGAGGAGUUACUACAAGUGCACAACACAAGGAUGUGGAGUAAGGAAACAUGUAGAGAGAGCAGCAACAGAUCCAAAAGCUGUUGUAACAACAUAUGAAGGAAAACAUAACCAUGACCUUCCUGCAUCUAAAUCAAGCAGCCAUGCCGCAGCAGCAGCAGCACAGUUAAGGCCAGAGAAUCGACAUGGCGGUUUGGCUAAUUUAAAUCAGCAGCCUGUUGCUCGUCUAAGGCUGAAAGAAGAGCAAAUCAUAUAAGAGAUGAGAACUCUUAUCAACUCAAGUUAUAUUCUGAUCUUUUUUCAUGACAAAGCUUGCAACAUUGGUGGAAUCUUUUGGUUGAAGUUGAACAGGUCUUUUAGCAGUUUACAGGAAAGAAAGAGUAAAAACUUAAAAGCUUUUUAGGUUUUUUCAGAUUUUCUGUAUGUGAAUUCUUUUGUACAUGAUGAAGCUUUUGUGUUAUUGUUUCAAAGCAUAGGUUAUAAAAUUUGUGGAUGAGAUUAUUUGUUGUAACACUAUAACUGUUGUGUGUUUCUUUUGUUUAUUAUACUACAUUAUUGACCUACUUGCUUUGGCUUGUUUCUCUCAUAGUCAUUGUUUGAUGAAAUGUACUGAGCAAUCUCAUUGUUAUUUUUCAUGAAUUUUUGAAUAAUGG